GAAGAUUUUUGAAAAUUUUCUUUCAAACAGGAAAAUUUUUUUUUCAAAAAAAUACAGUUAAUAACCGCAUUUUAUAUACGUUCAAUUCUCUCAUCAUCAUAAUAAUCAACGGUGUUUUUUUUUAAUUUGUUCCAUCGGCCAUCCUGACAAGCCGGAAAUUUUUCAGAUUGAAAUGGCUUCGAAUGAAAAUGAUCAUCAUGUUGUCUCCAAUCAUGGUGAUGGCAACAAUCAAAUUCCAUUCGAUGAUAAUCAGCAAAAUAAUAAUGAUUUGAUAGAACAAUCACAACAUUCAGAUGAUUUAAUUUUAAUGAAUCCUGAAGAAGAAUCAAACGAUAUGAAUAAUCAACAACAACAAUUGACAGCCGCCGAACAAGUUUUAAUGCAGAUACAAAAUCCAUCGUCAUCAGCUAGUCAUUUAGCCAUGAAAGAUAAUGAUGGUAAUGAUGGCAAUGAAAUUGUUAAUAAUGUUGUCAUUGCAGAUCAACAACAAAAUGACAACGAUGAUGAUCGAAAUCCAAUCGAAAUGGUUGUUGAGAAUGUUGUGGAAAAUCUUUUAUCCAAACAGGAUAAUCCCGUUACUGACAAUGAAAAUGAUAUUCUGAUACGAAAAUCAUCACGAAUACUUCGAUUGCGAAAAACUGUAAAUAAAAUCACUGAUGAUGAUAAUGAUGACGACGAUGAAACCUAUAUGAAUGAUGAUGAAGAAUUCAUCGUCGAUGAAAGUGAUAAUAAUGAAAACAAUGACGAUGAUCAUCAAAAUAAAUCGUUGACGACGAAAAAACGUCGAUCAGCCAAAUCAUCAAAUGAUGAUGAUGGAGAAGAUGAUGAUGAUGAUGAAUUUCGUCCGCUUAAAAAACGUAGAAUCGUGCGACGAAAUAAACAGGUGGCCGGUAAUAAAAUGACCGCCACCACUACCAGUGCCAACAUCAACGCCAACAGCACGUCAACAACAUCUGCAUCUGAGACAAAUCGAAUACAAAAAAUUCGUUUGGCAAAAAAUCGUGAAAUCGAACGUUUACAAAUGAUUUUAUAUAAAUUUUAUAAACAUCAAUCGCUUCUAAAUCAAUUGAAUCAAUUAUUAAUGAAAAUGAAUGGCUGUCUUGUCGAUAAAAUCCAUACAAUGAUUAGUGGCGAUGGUAAUGGAAAUAAUGAAGAAUCACCACCAAUAACCAGUGAAUCAUUGAUGACAUUAAUUCGUUCGAAACAAAAUAAUCUACUUGUUGAUAAUUUUAUUGCUCAAUAUGAUCCACUAAUCACGCAAUAUAAUCAAUUGAAUGAUGAACGAAAACAAAUGCUUGCCAAAAUUGAUGAUGAAAAUGUUGAACAAUCACAAGUGGAUCAAACAAUUGGAUCGUAUCUACGAAAACCGAAAAAAAAAUUUACAAUGUUUGAUUUGAUUGCGGUUGAUAGUAGCGAUCGUCCAGAUAAAUCAGUGAUGAAUAAUUUAGAAAAGAAAAAACGAUCUACUUCUACCACUACCGGUGGUAGUCGAGUUUAUAAUAAGAAAGCAAAAUCAUCAUCAACGAGAACAGCUGAAAUUUCGAAUGAAACACAUAAAACCACUACCACAUCAACAUCAAGAUCGAAAAGAUUGAAACGCAAAACGAAAAUGAAAUAUCCGCAACAAGAAGAAGAUUCAUCUGAAAUGGUGGAAAAUAGUAACGGCAAAUAUCCAUCUUAUCAUCCAUGUCCGUGGCCCAAUUGUACAUAUGAAAGUAAACGUGAAUGGGCAUUGAAUGAACACAUUAAUCUGACGCAUACGGGAUUAAAAAAUUUUGGCUGCAAAGUCGACCAAUGUCCAAUGAUGUUUUUUAGUUCCUCGGAAUUAGAUAAUCAUAUGAAAAAAUAUCAUGCCGAGGUUGCGAGCAAGGAAUUUAUGCCCUGUACAUGGCCUGGUUGUAAUGCGUUAUUCAAGUCGAAAUUAGGUUUACGUGCCCAUGUCCAGGUGCAUAAAGGUGAAAAUCUUAUACAAUGUGAUUGGCCUGGCUGUAAUUAUACGGCGAAAAAUAAACGACAACAUGAAAAUCAUUUACGUAAACAUACCGGGGAUCGACCAUUUUCAUGUGAUUUCCCUGGAUGUGAAUCUAAAUUUCGCACCAAUGAUUCAUUACGGCAUCAUAAAAAAUCACAUUCAGAAUAUCGUCCAUUUCGUUGUGAUUGGCCUGGUUGUGAAGCUAAUUUCAAAACCAAUCGUGGUCUCACCAUACAUCGCGCAUUACAUACUGGCGAGAAAUUAUUCAAAUGUGAUUGGCCUGAUUGUGAAUUUGCAUCAGAACGUAAAUAUCAUGUUGAUUUACACAUCUAUGAAAAUCAUACACAUGUGAAACCAUAUCCAUGUUCAUGGAUCGGUUGUGAUGCUAGUUUUCUGCGUAAUGAUAAACUACAAAAUCAUCUCAAAAUACAUCGCCAAGAAAAACCAUUCAAAUGUAUACAUCCAACAUGUGAGAAGCAUUUCGUUGAAAAGGGUAAUAUGAUGAAACAUUUCAAUAAUGUUCAUAAACGGUAAUGAUUGAUUCGAAUUUGGCUUGAGUUUUUUCUAUAUUCUCCAUCAUCAUGUUCAUUUUGAUAUUUAU